UUUUGGUUCGGACCAUCAUGGCAUCUCGGUAUGCAAAGAACAUCAAAGUGCCGGCGGAGUUUCCUGAGAUGCUGCGCAACUUUGCGCGGGAAGUGCUGCGUCACCAAGACAAGAUCAAGACACGCGACGACAUCUUGCAGUACGGGAUCCGGUACUUUACCGAGGUCACGGAGAAGAACGCAGGCGUGAACAACGGCGCCCAGGACGAAAAGGAAGUGUACAUGACCAUGUCGGACGACGAAAUCGAAGAAUACAUGUGGCAAAUCUUCCGUGCGUCCGAUCCGGGCAGCGUCGGCAACUUGGACGAAUGCGAUUUCAAAAAGGUCUUUCACGAAAUGGGCGACUACUUGCAUUUGAGCGCACUCGAACGCAAGAAAUGCGCAGCGGAAGCGGACGAGUUGGACAAUAGCACGUUUUCGUAUGCUGCGUUCAUUCCGUCGGCGCUGCGAGUCAUUUCAACGAUUAAAAAGAAGCGGAACAUUGAAUCGCAUGACGUGGCAGGCGCGUCCAAGGAGUUGGUCGUGGAGACGUCGAACAGUCUGUCCCAUGGCCUUUUGCGCGAAGAGUUUGAGAGCUUGCUGCGAGAAAUCCUUCAUAAUAUUGACAUCGACAACACGGGCACGUUGACUCGUGCCGACUUUAUGGGGUGUCUCCAGGACGCAGACCUGGGGCUCACUCGCAAGGAAACCAACUUGGUGCUGUUCGACACCCCGAGCGACGAGAGCGGCCGCGUCGCGUACGGCGACGUGAUUCCCAUCGUUUUUGACGUGUUGGUGCAUGCGGCAGCCAACGAUUUGCUCGACAUGCCGCGCACGGAAGACCAGAUCGAGAUCGUCUUAACUCGGGCAUUGUCUAGCGGGGACGAAGACGGCACGGGGCUGCUGUCGUUUGCCGCGAUCAAAACGCUUCUCCGGGCGGCGGGCCUCGGCCUCACGCGCAUUCAAAUCAUCGCGCUCAUGUCGGAAGCCCAAGAAGAAGAGGACGACUCGGUCGCGUACGACCGCUUUGUCAAGAACAUUGCGCCCAUGGCGUUGAGCUUUAUCGACUACGACCACCAGGCAAAGAUGGCGCAGAUCGUCCCGGCGUACCGUAGCACGGAAGAGUACUUUACCGUACAAGGCAUGAACCAGCAAGAGUUUGAGAAUGCGCUGGGGAUUGCGUUUGAAGCCAUUGAUGAAACGCAUCGCGGCAGUGUGCCGCGCCACGAAGUCGUCGAAGCGAUCCAGAAUGCGCUGCCCAAGAUUUCGUCCAAGCACGUGUCGACGUUGCUAGCGUUGGGGGACGUGGAUGCGAAUGGCGAUAUGGAGUACGCCGUCAAGAUCCACAACGGAUUCCAGGCGUUGCAAUGGCUGCAAGAAUACGAAGCCCUCGGGAAACAAUAAAAACACGCUUCGUAAGAAUAAAAUAAAGUUGCUUUAUAUGAUUGUGAA